GAUACACUGCUGAAAGGGCUGUCCAUGAUGUUAAGAGGAGUCGCUCACAGUGCAAAAGAUACAUUUACCCUUCUGCUGGCAAGAUCUCAGUACUGUAACCCGGGAUUGAAUUUGUCACCAGUGUGGAAUGAAUUAGCAAACAGAAGCUUCCUAAUACAUUCCACUUACACAACUGAUACAAAAUCAAGAGAGGAAAAUAAAAAAACCAUUGAGAGUCUCUACAAAUUGUCAGUUGACAUUAAGAAAAUACGCAGACUAAAGGAAUGGGUCCUUCUCCAGGAUGUGGCCUACGUUAAAGAAAUUGCUGGCAUCUUACAAGAAAUGGGAGCAGAUGAGACCACUGUAGCCAACAUCUUAGAACGCUGCCCAGAGGCAGUUCUGCACACCCCUGCAGAGGUAAACUCUCAAAGAGCUCUAUGGCAAUUAGUAUGCCAGAAUGAAAAACAGCUGAUUACAUUAAUAGAGCAAUUUCCAGAGUCUUUUUUUGCUACGAAAUAUCAUGAGAACCAGAAGGCAAAUAUACUGUUUUUUCAAGAGCUGGGACUUAAGAAUAAUAUAAUCACUAGGUUCUUGACAAGUGCACCAAAUAUUUUCCAUCAUCCUGUUGAGAAAAACAAAAACAUGAUAGAGACAUUACAAAAAAAAUAUUUGAGUUUAGGGGGUUCUGAUGCAAAUAUGAAGAUCUGGAUACUGAAGCUGUUGAGUCAAAAUCCAUUUAUUUUAUUACACACCUCCACCACAAUCCAGGAGAACUUGGAAUUUCUCCAAAAGAAUGAUUUCACUGACAAUGAGGUUCUGCAGCUGCUAUCCAAACUUAAAGGUUUUAUUUUUCAACUUAGCCCAACUACUAUGGAGAAGAGUAUGCUUUUUUCCAAAAAUGUCUUUAAGUGCAGUGAUCAAGAAUUAAAAGAGCUUGUGCUGAAAUGCCCAGCCCUUCUCUACUAUUCUGUUCCAAUUUUGGAAGAAAGAUUUGAAGGCCUACUGAAGGAAGGAAUUUCUGUAGAACAGAUUAGAGAGACACCAAUGGUGCUAGAGUUGACAACGCAAAUUGUUCAGUACCGAAUUAAAAAACUCUCUGCUUUGGGAUAUGAUGUAAAGAGUGGAAGUCUAGAAAGCUUGAAUGGUACUAAGAAAGAGUUUGAAGUCAAUUAUGGUAAGAUACAAUCAAAGAAGGAGAGACCAAUUUUUAAUCCUGUGGCUCCUAUACACAUUGAAGAUUAAUUUGAAUGCUGUACUUCGUUAUGCAAAACAAAAAUAUCAAAAGAGAAAAGAUGUUGGCUCUCUGAGAACUGUGCUUUGUCCUGCGGUGGGUCUUACGCAUAAUGUCAUUAUGCAAUU